CCCCCAACCAGCCCCAGCCGGUGCUGUAUUAAAGAUCAGCAACGUAAGUCUUACUCGCGUUUCUACUAAAAUCCAUUGAAUUCAUUACACGUGAUUCGUUUUUCUAUAUCUCCCUCUUGAUUGAUACCCCUAUCAUCAACGGAUUUGGAUUGAUCACUCCCAACUAUUUCUUGGUUCUCAUAUUCAGUAAACAUUCUAUUGAUCUGAACUAAUUCGUCUAAAAGAUUCCCUACAACCUUUUGGCCCGCGAAGUUAUGCAUUUUCUUGGUCGUCGAGCCAAUUUACUUCCAGAGAGCAGAGGCACUUCGAUCCAUGUUAUCAUGGAACGAUCCACUGCUAAGACUAUGGACUGCUAUGUCGAGUUACUUACUCAAGCUGAUGCAGAAGAGGCUCUCUCAUGGGUUAAUCGUAACUUGCCUGCUCACUCUCCACGUCUUGGUGACCGGCAUGUUCAUGUUGAAAUGUCUUCUCAAGACGCAUUGCUUCGUGAGAUAUUCCCCCGUGCAAAGUGUGUUCUUUGGAAGAAUGGAAUCCCAGAAAUCCAGCCAAACACAGACCGAUACUCUACUGGUUUCCAAGGUUUUUUGACCAAUGAAGAGCUGUUUUGCAUGGUUCAUUAUGCUGAAGCACCGAAGAGAGUGAGUCUUUACAUGAGUACUGCUGCGUGUGGACUUCUGCUAAUCACCUCUGUAGGCUCCGUUUGCCGAGAAGUGCCCGCAACGUCCCUACGAGUUUAUGAUCAGCACCCUUGACAAAGUAUGCACUUUACUUCAUUUUGUUAAUCAAGGUCUUGCGCUAACCAGCUUAAUUCUGCCUAGUUCCCCUGGGCUUCAAAGUCGCUCUACACUGUUGAGCACCGUAAUGUUUUGUUUGAUGCUACCAGACGCCAACUACAAGCAUUGCUCCAGCAGGUUAAUGCUAGACGAGUCAUCCAACUGGAUGAGCGUCUGUUAAGGGAUCUCCUUAACGCAGGACUUCGAUGUUCGACGUUCAAUGAACGUCAGAAAUAUCUUCUCCGGGUGGCAGCCGGACAAGCACUGGGGCCCGUCCCCAGAACAGUGGUGUUCUGGCCCUUUGAUGCCCUUACGCGCAGGGCCAAUGCGCGAGAGGAGAGUGUGGAGGUACUAUGAUUUCUU